AUGGCCAUGAACCAAGUCAAUCAUUCGUUAUUGUCUGGAUCGAAUGUUCAAAACGCAAUCACGAUAGAAUCAUCAUCGCCUGCGGUAGGAUCAACAUCGGAACCGGUAUCAGCAAUCUCGAUGGAAGAAGAAGCGGAAAGGAUAGAAUAUGGACCUCGGCCACCCAGAGCGACCGUUCCACGUGAAUCAACUCCAGAGACUGCUAAAGAGGCUGCCAAUACCCCUCAGCUGGUUGAAGCUGGACCUUCGAGACCCCGAAUUUACCAUGUCCGAUACCCUGUGGGCGGGAUCACAUACGAAGAUGACGGGGAUGGUAUUUUCGUUGAUCCUGAAACGGAAACUCCCCUGUACAUUUGGAUUGAUCCCGCAUUGAACGACAGAUCAAGCUUGAUCAAGAAGAUACAGGCUGAGGGCGGCGAGAUAUCUCCGGAUCACACUGAAGACGAGACUUCCCUGCUGCUUCUAGAUCCGAGCAGUACCUAUCUGUUUGAUGCGUAUUGCCAUUCGUACUGGCUACGUCCUCGUGAUCUGGAGAGAUACCAGCGGAGGCGAGAACGUCGAGGAAAUCAGACGGACGAAGAACCAUGGCAGAAGAAGGUCAUUUUGAAAGCUUGGUGGAUAGAUAAAUGCAUUGAGGCUGGGAAAUUCCUUGGUUUGGCGGAUGAUUGGGGUGGAUGUAGAGCUGGUGGACCACCUUCCGAGGUACAGAUCAGUACUGAGGAACCAGGUGAAGAGGAAGAUGGAGGGCAGGUAGACGAUGAAAAUGGGGACGCUGAGAACGAUAAGGAUGAUGAGAAUGAUCAACAUAUAUCGCACGAUCAAGGACAGGAGAUAGAGGUCAGAACUGUUCCUCAAGGCAUCAAUGCGAUGGAGUUGGGCGGCGAUCAACAAGAUACUCAAGCAGAUGAGGUUCAGCCUAUCGAUGCUGAUCACAGUCGUGGUCCGGAGCUAGAAGCAGAUCAGAACGACGAUAUACCAAUGGAAGAUGCCCAGGAUACAAACCCAGUUGAUUCGGCUCCUGCGUCAUACAUGACAGCUGACUCACCAACAGCUUCUAAACCCAUACCAGCGGAAGUGAUACUUCAAAGUCCCGAUUCUCCAGCGCACAUCGCAUCCGACAACCACGUCGACAACAAUCUCGUCCAUCUUGCUGCGCCGGCGACGCAACCUAAAGCUGAUGCGGGCGCUCCAUCAGAGCGAACACCGGAAGGAGAAGAUGUUCAGAUGGAAGAAGAAACAGCGCAAGAACCCUCCGACCCAACGACCAUAUUCUCAGGAUUGAAAUUUUGGGUGGAUACCACUUAUCCUGAUCGGAUAACGCUGAUCAAACGUAUCAAAGCGGCGGGCGGAGAGUUGGUCACCUCGUACUCCGAUUCCACCCAUGUGCUCAUACACAACUACAAACAUAGUCAAUGGCAUUCCAUCGUCGAAAGUCUCACGAAACAGGGUAUAUGGUUUCUGACAUUUACGUGGCUCGUCAAAUCUUUGAGCCAGGGUCGAAAGCUCCCAGAAAGUGCGUUUGCUGUCGUACACGGUAAUCCCAUUGAAGCGAAUCUGGACAAGAAACCCGCUAUUCUCUCCCGGCCAACUGCGACCAACGAACCUUUCCUGUCGUCAGAGGAUCUGGAUGAGAUCUUCAAGAGAGAAGUGAUGUUGGUCAAGAAAGGUGGUACCGUAAAAGCAUUAAUCGCUUUCCUUCUUUCAAAGUACGCUACUUAUUCCGAGGCGCACUGGGGAAAUCUUUAUCACGAUUGGAAGCAUAAGAAAGGACGAUUCGCAUACCUUGCCGCGACUGUACCGGUCAACAAGAGCAGUCCAAGCAAGUUAUCACGCAGUCCUCCAGUUGCAAGUAAAGUUGCACCAACGAAGACCAAAUCAAAUCAACUUGCACUUUUGACCGAUCAGAUCGCGAGAAUCCUUAUCUCAGAGACUCCGAAUCGUACCGGUAUGAAUGUCACGGAAUUCAGUUUAUAUCUGAACAGAAAGUAUCCUGAAUACCCCGCUGGGACAUGGGCAUCCCUAAUAUCCAAUUGGACCAAGCGAACUGGACGUUUUGUCAAUUUCCAAUAUUCACAACUCUCGCCAAUAAGCCCGGUCUCAGCCAAGCCUUCCGCGACUGCCGGAUCCAGCACGAUUUUACCUUCGGCAGCACCGCAGAGUUUGACCGAUCAAGGUGAAUAUAGUAAUGCAGAUUACGAGCGAAUAUUCACAACGGACGUGAGGGAUGCGAAUUCGAAAUCAUUCACAAGUAUUGGCAAGGAGUUGGCGGCCAAGCACGGGAAGUUCCAUGCGACGACUUGGAGCGUAUUGUACUCUGAAUGGAGUAGGAAGACUGGCCGAUUCAAAAACUCUGGCAAUGCCGUUGUAUCAUCUGAGCCAGCUGUACCACCUGCCGAUAGAAGAGGAUCAUCGACUUCGGUAUCCACGAGGCCUAGUAUCAGCUCUCCUUCCAAACCUACUUCUCGACCUGUGCCGGACGAUGAUGAUGAAGAUCCUCAUGGAUCUCUGACCACUGAGGAAAUAGCUCAGAUACUCAGGGAGAGGGAAGAAGAGUUUGUUCAGCGGAAAUUGACUUCCGUAGAGAUUGGAUUGACUUUGUACACCGAGGUGGGUAUUUACCCUCGAGCGACUUGGUUCCAGAACUGGAAGCACUGGCGAAGAAACAAAAAACAGUUUUCUGACCUUCCUCCCAACCUGCAAAGCACGGUGGCUGCGAAAGCCGCAGAUGUGUCUGCUCAUCAUGACGCCCAGCCCUCGACAAGUAACGUCGACAAACCUGUCUCGUUUCCGAGUUCUGCUUCCUCAUCACCCAAAAAACGAUAUCAGUCGAACAAUGCUAAGAGUGGCAGAUACGAUACAGAGGAGGAGAAGGCGAUGGCACAGUAUAUAUCGGGCUAUAAAGGUUCUCAUCCCAAGACUUCUGCUCAAGCUUGGACCUUGUUCGCCAGUAUUCAUCCUGGUCGGACAGCCUCAGCAUACGCUCAACAUUACACAGCAUAUGCUUUUCGUAUUGACAGUUUCGCGCCCAAACACCGAGCUGCAGAUAGAGAAGGGGAUGACAAUACGGUAUUAGGGAUCGAUAUUAAUGAUCUAAUUGAAUCGCCUAAUGGAAGUCAAUCUCGACCUGUUGAGAUCGAUGAUGAUGAGGACGACGAGAACGAACAGAACCCCAUAGUGGUGGUUGACGAUGAUGAAGAUGAUACGGAUUACAUUGAAGUUGCUUCUAUAGACGAUUAA